AUGGCAACUAAUCGAAAACAUCUUAAAUCAGGUUCUACAUGUCCACCAUUAAAAGAGAAUCUAUUACGCUUAUACAAUAUGCGUUUUGGACCAUUUGGUCGACGUGUUAAACUUGUUUUAACUGCUAAAAAUAUUCCAUAUGAAGAAAUUUUGGUUAAUCUCACCGAUAUACCAGAAUGGUAUUUGAAAAAGAAUCCAUCUGGAGAGGUUCCUAUAUUAGAAUGGAUCGAUCCGACUUCAAAUUUGAUUCGAUCAAUACCAGAAUCAAUGAUUAUUUGCAAUUAUAUUGAUGAUUUCUAUCCAGAACAUCAUGCUCAUUCAGCUGAUCCAUACGUCAAAGCUAAACAACAAAUACUCAUUGACCAUUUCGGAAACUGCGUGCCGUUUUUUCAUCAAGUCUUUGGGCAAAAAAGUCAGGAAUCUUUUGAUAAAUUAUAUGAAGCUCUAGUUGUUUACGAAGAAGCUCUUGACAGUCAAUUUUUUGGAGGUUCGAAACCAGGAAUGCUCGAUUUUAUGAUAUGGCCAUGGUUUGAACUCUUAUCAGCGUUACUGGGACCCGAUUUCAACUUAAAUUCUACUGGAAAACUGCCUAAACUCGUUGUUUGGUUUAAAAACAUGUUAGCAAAUGAUACGGUCAUCAAAACUAAAGGAUCGCCCGAAAUCCUUCUAAAAUAUGUGAAAACCGUUGCAGAAGGCAAGCCAAAUUAUGACGUCGAAUAG